GCACAGAGAAUCAAACACUUGGGUUCUCUUUCGUCCACCCACCACCACCACCCUUGUUUAGUCUUCUCUUCUUCGUCCUUCAUCUCUCCUAAAAAACCACGAGAAGAAAAAGGCGAUAACCUCGCCAAAUCGGAGAUACGCGAAAACCAAAAAAGAUCUCGUAAGGUUUUUGGAUUCAUGGCGUCGAAGCGGAUCUUGAAGGAACUCAAGGAUCUCCAGAAGGAUCCACCCACCUCUUGUAGCGCAGGACCUGUUGCUGAAGACAUGUUUCAUUGGCAGGCAACGAUAAUGGGUCCUUCAGACAGUCCUUACGCUGGAGGUGUUUUCCUUGUUACCAUUCAUUUCCCUCCAGAUUACCCUUUCAAACCUCCUAAGGUGGCCUUUAGGACCAAGGUGUUCCAUCCCAACAUUAACAGCAACGGAAGCAUUUGCCUCGACAUCUUGAAGGAGCAAUGGAGUCCUGCCCUCACCAUUUCCAAGGUGCUGCUAUCGAUCUGUUCUUUGUUAACCGAUCCAAACCCGGAUGAUCCUUUGGUACCUGAGAUUGCUCAUAUGUACAAGACUGACAAGAACAAGUAUGAGUCCACUGCACGGAGCUGGACUCAGAAGUAUGCCAUGGGAUGAAAAGGAAGACCUCAAAACUAUCUCUUUUUAAUGAAAACAAAAUAUGCCGUUAUUUCUAUGUAUGAUUCAAUAGACAAUCUCUUUGUGUUCUUUUAAAAAUUCUGAAAAACAAGACCAAAUGAAGUGGGUCUUGUUUAAAACCAAACAUCUUUGUGAAAACAAGAAACUGAGAAUCUUUCCGGUGUUGUCUUGUGUUGCAAUUAUGAUUUGAGGUUUUUUUGCUGUUUGAUAUGAUGAGCAUCAAUCAAACAACUGUUUAUUUUA